GCGGAAGCAAAACAUCACAUGCCCACUGACUGCCUGAACUUAAAGCAAUUGCAUUGAGAAAACAGUGUACCUGUCAGAUAUAUCGUUAUUUACCAUCAUGGUACAGUGUUUCCUAAUACACACCAUCUGCCCGGUCACCACACUGGCGUCGGGCGAGUGCCGUGUGCUCUACUGCCGUGUUUUUGGUCCAGAAGAAAGCGUGUUGAGUGGUAAUGACCGCGAGCCCGGUCCGGAACACAGACGCCUCCUCCAGAAGGAGAAGGUGGCCGUCGUGGCUAGGCAGGUGCGGAGUGCCGUUACCCUCUCCCGAGAGGCGUCAGGGCGCGUGUUGGUGGAGACGGUGCUGGGAGAGGAGGCGGUGGCUCUCCAGGAGGCGGACAGCGGAGUUCUGCGGCUCCGCGCGGGCGAGCCCUUCUCCGGAGAGAGGAGUGUGCUGUGGCUCGGGGUGCAGAGCCUCGGGUUCACGUUGGUGUGCGAGCCGCACGAGAACCUCCUUUUGGCUGAGGGAACCCUGCGGAACCUGACCCGCCACUGUCUGGAGAACCUCCGAAUGCUGGGAGCAGGAAGCGAGGUCCUGCUGAAGAGCGACCGCGUCGACGUCCUCCUAGACCGCGUGCUUCCUCACGGCCAGCUGCUCUUCCUCAACCACCGCCUCGCACAAACUCUGGACAAGGAAGUGGCCGCUUACAUGACCAAAUAAGUCCGGGCACCGGGUUAUCAACCCUGAACGAAAACAACCAACCACAACUGUAAACAAAGUGAACCAUGUGAUGUGAUGACCUGGCAUCCUGUUAGAGGACUGCCAAGACUGCGUGCUGGUCACAUUAUUGGGAGGUAGGUCACCUGAGGGUGGAGGCAGGUCACAUGAUUGGGAAGGCAGGUCACGUGACAGGAGGGAGUACAUGCUCAUGCUGGGCAUAAUGGCCUCUGUCUGUCGUGUGUGCGCAGUUCCACCGUUGCCCAACAGGAAGUGCUGCUGCUGUCUAGUGAAGACUUACGUUCCUGUUCAGAAAUCACAAGUACUGCCUUGUGUUUGUUCCCUGCUCCGAGCCUGCGGAGGCACCAACCUGCUCUGAGUUAACCAUCCCUUCUGACUGGAACAUGCUGCCUCAGGGUUGGACACACAGGGAGGAACCUGAACUUGGGAUUUUCAAUAAACUUUUGUGUAAGAGGCAGCGGCUCUCGUUGAACGAUAUUGCUAAAAAUGUAUUCAUGCUAAUAAACUUGCUUGAAUUGUAUUAUUC